AUGUUGCGCCCCGUUGCAUUCUUGGCAUUGAACAACGCAAACACAAACACAGCCGUGAAUCCCCUGUACAAUCUCAAGAAGGAAGACUGGUGGUUCCAACACGAUCGCGGCUGCGACGCAGUCCCUCCAGCAGAUGGCGACAUCCUGGAACUCCCAGCUGGCGGAAAGUUCACAGUGGAACUUGCACACAACCGCGCUCAGACAACGCUCUCAUACGAUGGAAAAUAUACCUCUGAAUGGCCGGACGGGAAAGAGCACCCCGAAGACUGGGCUGGUCCUGGAAACCCGCCCGACUGUAUCCAGGAUGAUGGAGCGCUGCAUACCAACAAUCAAUCCAUGGCUGCUGGCACUGCGUUUGCCAUCAGCUAUCAGUCUGACCUCUCGGCGGUAACGAUGGAGAACUUGGCUGUGUUUACAGUUUUGGAGCACACCCCGUGGAAGCGGAUCGCUACCUACGAAGUGCCCAAGGAUCUUCCUGCUUGUCCUCCUGGUGGAUGCACCUGUGCUUGGCUCUGGGUCCCCAACGGUUGUGGACAGCCCAACAUGUAUAUGGCUGGUUAUAAAUGCAAUGUCACUGGGUCUACCUCUUCUAAAAAGGUCGCUCCGGCUCAAGUCCCUGUUUAUUGUGCGGAUGAUAGCAGCAAGUGCGUCAAGGGUGCUAAGCAGAUGAUUGCCUUCAACCAGCAAACUGGGAACAACGUUGAAGUCCCCAAUGGCAAGACACCGAUGUAUAACACGGCGUGGGGUUUCAAGAAUGGUAUUACCUUCAUCUCCCCUACAUGA